GGGGGGAUUUGAACGAAAGGGAGUCUGGAUCAACAGAGGAUUCACAAAAAAGCCAUGGCUACUGAGACGAAGUCUUGUACGGGCUCCGCUUUACUGCAGCCCAUCAGCGAGAUUGUCGACCUUCCCUUGGACCAGGUGAAUUUUGUGGUGUGUCAGCUUUUUGCCCUGCUCACAGCCUGCUGGUUCCGACUCUAUCUGCACCCCAGCAAGACCAGUCCCUUUAUCCGCCAUGUGGUGGCCACACUCUUGGGCUUCUACCUGGCCCUCUUCUGCUUUGGCUGGUAUGCCUUACACUUCCUGGUUCAGAGUGGACUCACUUAUGGCAUCAUGAUCUUCACUGGAGUGGAGCACAUGCACAGAUACUGCUUUGUGGUUGCCCUGGGUUACCUCACACUUUGCCAGAUCACCAGGGUGUAUGUUUUCGACUAUGGAAUGUACUCGGCAGACUUCACUGGGCCUAUGAUGGUUAUUACUCAGAAGAUCACCAGCCUGGCGUUUGAGAUUCAUGACGGUUUAACCAAGAAAGAGGAGCAUCUUAAGCCCAGUCAACAGUAUCUCGCUGUAAGGAAGAUGCCCAGUCUGCUGGAGUAUUUGAGUUAUAACUGUAACUUCAUGGGCAUCCUGGCGGGACCCACAUGUUCGUACAACGACUACAUAGCCUUCAUUGAGGGUACGUGCUAUCAGCGCAAACGCCUGGAGUCCAAUGGCAAGGAGAAUGGCAAAUGCAAGCAGAGUGACCCCUCGCCUAAGAGGGAUGUAAUCCUGAAGCUGGGCACCUGCGCUCUGUGUUUGCUGGUCUACCUGACCUUCUACAGGGUGUGCCCUGUGGAGCGAAUCAUCGAUGACCCCUACUUCACCUCACAGCCCUUCUUCCUGCGGGUCCUCUACCUCUACCUGUCCAUGCUCAGCUUGCGGCCAAAGUACUACUUUGUGUGGACACUUGCUGAUGCUAUUCACAAUGCUGCUGGUUUUGGCUUCAGUGGUUACAGCAAAGAUGGCACUCCACAAUGGGACUUGAUAUCAAACUUGAGAAUACUGAACAUUGAGCUUGCAACUAGCUUCAAGACAUUCCUUGACAACUGGAACAUUCAGACAGCCCUUUGGCUGAAAAGGGUGUGUUACGAACGUUGUCCAUAUCAUCCAACAGCAGCCACCUUCCUGCUGUCUGCCAUGUGGCACGGUGUGUACCCAGGAUACUACUUCACCUUCAUCACAGGCAUCAGCGUAACGCUAGCAGCCCGAGCAGUGAGACACAACGUAAGGCAGCACUUCCUGGGCUCCUCUACACUCAAGCUCUUCUAUGAUGUGAUUACGUGGGCCAGCACGCAGAUCGCUAUAUGCUACACAGUAGUGCCAUUCGUGGUGUUGGCCGUGGGACCUUCAUUGAGGUUCUACUGGUCAUGUUACUUCUAUCUUCACUUAGCUUGUGUACUGCUGGUCGUGGCCCUCCCUGUGAAACGCAGAACCUCACGUGAGAAUGUCCAGGAGAAACAAAGUCCGUCUCGGAGCCAGCCAGCAGACCAGAGCAUCCACUCAAGCACAGACAACAAUUGCAAUCAGAAAGAGAAGACCACAUGAGAUCCUGCGCCCCCUGUCCACCUCCCAUCCCACACAGUGUGAGGUGGAGAACUUGCACACCAAGACUGAGAACUAGAGCAGCCAUUUUUCUCCCUACGACCCAACCAGACAGGGAUGUUACUAAAACAUUGACCUUUGGCAACAAAACAGGAGUGGCGCUGGGGCUAAUCAUGCUUCGAUUUGCAACAGAUCUUGACUGGUUCGGGGGCAUUAAUUGGUGGAAAUGAUUUGCUAAUGGGAGGAAGCGAUCAUGGAGUAAUGGAGCUUAAUGAAUACAAACAAAUCUGAAGUUGCCUUAAAAACCCUCUAUCUACUAUCUGAUGCUCAGCGAACUGGCUUAGGAAAUUCAUUGAGGAAGGGGCAUUCGCGGCACUGAGGCCAGCUCUCGCAAGUAUUUAGGGUUUUUUUUUGUCCUUGUCUGUUCAACAAUGUACCCUUCGUUUGAUAGAAUUGCUUUUCUAAGUAAAAACUGGGGAGAUGGUAAAGGCAUAGAAGUACAUCGUGUGAUGCCAAUCUUUCAUAGGCCUUAGGUUUCUAUGUCUAGCCAUUGUGUAGUAUUUUACGGUCUCUUUUCUUUUGUUUUUCUGUCUAAUCGAUUCAUAUCUGCUGCUGUAUCGGGGGUGAGCCUUUAUUUGGAAUGAGGGUUUAAAGGAUGAUAUUGUUUUAAAAAAAAUAAUCAUUUUGUUUGUUGGUUAUGAUUGUUUUAAUUGUUGUAAUUCUGUUUGUUGGUGUGGAUUAAGGGCUUUCUGUUUGCGUUUUACCGUUGGUUUCCUCAGGGCUCACUGGAUUCAAUUCUGAAGCUUUUAAUAAGCUUCGCUAACCACAGUCAUUAUCAGCUUUCAUCUGGACCAUAUCACGGCAUGUUUGUUAGAUACAUUAAUGUUUUACAGUACAUCAUGUUCAUGUAAGCGCUGUAUAUCAGGAUUCGUAUUUCAUUUUUUUAUGGCCCUACAUUGAAGGAAAAGUCCAUUGUACCAUAGUUUACUGUUAAAACAAAUCGCUGUCAUGAGAAAUCUCAUAUCGGAAAUAGUAACUACAACGGAAUGAAAAAUGUAACUCUUAAUGGAAUAAGAUAUUAUUCCACAUAAUUUUGGAGCAUCUACAUUGGCCCUUCCAUGGUGAAAUGGGAAUAAAUAAAUGAAUGAAUUAAUGAAUAAAUAAGAGUUACAUGGUUUUGAUAUGACAGCGAUGCUGUGUUUCUUUUUAUAGUAGAAGAUUUUACACUGGCCACCAACUGACCACAUAUAUGGAUAUAUACUGUAGUUCAGUGUUUAGAUCCGUUAUCGUUUCUGAAGAAAUUCUGGGUUGUGGAGGGUUUUCUGUGAUUUGGGCCCUUAGGAAACCUCCAAGGUUUUUCUCCUUUUCAGUCAUAAAUGACUUUUAACCAAAACCAAGUUCAGUACUUUAGUAGUUGAGAACAAAUUUAUUAAGAUUAAGUGACCCUUAUUAGUAGCACAACGGGGAAAUUUCACCUCCGCAUUUGACCCAUCCAUGCAGUGAAACACCACAUACAUACUAGUGAAUGUACACACACUAGUGGGC